CGAUAAUGUAGUUGCAACAGUUUCAUGGUGUUAUGAAACAAUGGCAAAGAUCAUAAACUUCAAAUUUAGUUGCAAUUACAAAUACAAAGCUUUAAUAGCACAAGCUGCUUUUAGUUUUACUUUUUUGGAAUCUCCAAAGUUUUUUAUAUAAUACAAUUAAGUCAUAUACUUUUGAAUCGACUCCUCGUCCUUUUUGAAAAUUCACUUUCACACCUUAACCCCCCCCCAACCCACACUCAAAAACUUCUAAAUUUUCAUUCCCAUGGUGAUUGAAUAUUACAAAAGUUUUGAAAACUCUAUUGACAUUAGAUGAUAUAGCCAUUUAGGACCCUACACUUUAGAAUAUUCCAUAAUUAGCCCAAGCUUUGCUUUAAUUUCAUUUGAGCGAUUCAAGCUUUCCUUGGUUCGGAUGGCUAAAGAACCGAUCUCGAGCCGUUAACUGAAAGUGUGCUCAAAAGAGCCCAUACCCGACCCAUUCAGCUUCGUUGGCGAUUCGUGGCGAGAAUCGGAGCGACGAGAACGACGACUUCGGCGAGUCCCAUCUCGGAGAAAUCGAUCUCCGGCUAGAAACAGUCCACGGCGACAUCGUCUCCAUAUCGGAGCAGUAAUCACGCUCCGAUCUCGACCCGGUUUUCCUCCGACCACCGCUCUUAUUCUUCCUCAACCUAAACUUAGGCGUCGGGAAACAACCAAGUCUGGCAACAACAAAAUCGGGUUCGGGUUCGGGUUCGGAUCCGUGUUUUUCGCGGUGAAUUUGCCACCGUUCCGAGAAAGCUCGCGGGGAUGAUCUGAAAGAAGGUCCCGGAGAGUAGUAGAAUCCAGAUUGCGACGGCGGCGGUGGUUUGAGCUUGGAUGGAGUAGAAAAGGAAGGAGUGAGAGGAGAUAAAGGACGGCUUUUGGAAUUGGAGAUGAAAGAAGACGACGGCGGAGAUAACGUCGGGAGGUAGAGUGGCUGAGAGUGAGACAAAGGUUUUAAACGGAGAGGAGAGAGUUUCUUGGGAGGCUGGAGAAGAGGAGUAGUGCUUCCGGGUUGAGAAAUUCGGGUCUUGGGUACACCGGGUCGGACCUCCCAGCUAAAAGAACCCUCUUUGGCAUACAGCAGGUUUCACUAUGCUUUAGAGUUUCGCGCUCAACAAUAGUGGGACCCAUUGACUAUCAAUCUCGCAAGUCGUAACGGUUUUUGACUUCAAGCGACGGCCAAGAUUGAUCGAUUAUUCUUUUAAUAAAGUAGAAAUAGAAACCCCCGAGUAUUUUCUUUUCCGUUGUUCCUCCUCUUCUCGCUCAAGAUCUCUCUCUCUCUCUUCUCUCUCUCUUACUGAAGAGAAACCCUAAAACUGACCGGAGAACGACGACGCCGAAUCGGAGAUCUUCCAUUUCCUCGUCAACAAUGUCUUCCUUGGCUAAACGGACUUCUUCCUCGUCGUCAACGGGGAAUCCAUCCCAGGAGAAUCCGGUUUCUCGGCCGAACGGAGCGAAGACUCGAGUCCCACUCGGCGAUGUUAGAAACCGCCGUAAUCCCCUCGGCGACAUCACUAAUCAGAAGAAUGGAUCUAGAAUUUCUGCUUCUUCGUCUACUCUGGUGCAUUGCUCAAAUAAGAUCGGUCAAUCAAAGAAGGCGUCAAAACCUGCUUUAUCUCGUAAUUGGAAUUUGGGGAUUCUCGAAGACAAACGAUUACCUCCCAAGCCAAAUGCGAAAUCAAACACAAUCGUUCCUCACGAAGACGACAUCGGAUUGCCUCAAGUCAAUGAUAAUCUUCUAGCUUCAUCACAAGGAUCAUCCGUGGAUGCCUCUCCCAAUCAAUCAGACCUGUCAAUAUCCACGCGUGACUCCUUCAAGAGCACCGAAGUUGAGUAUAUGGUCGAAAGCAGUAUUGCUCUCCCGGAAAAUGCAGAGUCAUCAUACACAGAUUUGGGAAAAGAUGAUAAGAUUGUGAACAUCGAUGAUAACUUGAUGGAUCCACAGCUUUGUGGUGCCUUUUCUCAUGAUAUCUAUGAGCACUUGCGUGAAUCCGAGGUUAAGAAAAGGCCGGCUCUAGAUUACAUGGAGAGGAUUCAGUUAAACAUUAAUGCUAGCAUGCGUUCCAUACUGAUUGACUGGCUCGUGGAGGUCGCUGAAGAGUAUAGGCUUUUGUCAGACACGUUGUAUUUGGCAGUGAACUAUGUAGACCGGUAUCUUUCAGGCAAUGUAAUCACCAAGCAAAACCUGCAGUUACUUGGUGUUUCAUGCAUGAUGAUAGCAGCAAAAUAUGAAGAAGUGUGUGUGCCCCAAGUGGAGGAUUUCUGUUACAUCACUGAUAACACGUAUUUGAGAAACGAGAUUUUGGAGAUGGAGUCUUCUGUUCUGAAUUACUUGAAGUUCGAAUUAACAACUCCAACAGCAAAAUGUUUCUUGAGGCGCUUCGUUCGUGCUGCUCAAGGGGAAAAGGAGGUACCAUCACUGAUGUUUGAGUGUCUAGCCAGCUAUAUCACCGAAUUAUCUCUCUUGGAUUAUGCAAUGCUUCGAUACGCUCCAUCACUUGUCGCAGCCUCUGCAGUUUUCUUGGCACAAUACAUACUACACCCUUCAAGAGAACCAUGGAACGCUACGUUAGAGCAUUACACAUCGUACAGGGCUAAACAUUUGGAAGCAUGCGUUAAGAGUCUGUUUCAGCUGUGCCACGAGAGUCCCUCAGGUGAUGUAGUUGCAGUGAGGAAGAAGUACAGUCAACACAAUUACAAGUUUGCAGCAAAGAAGUUUUGCCCCGCCUCACUACCACACGAACUCUUCCUCUGCUAGGGUGCUUCUUUUUUGUCGUGUAGAUAUUGUUGAUAAAAAAAAAAAAACCCAUUCGGUCAACCAAAUGUGGUUCAGUUCAAAUAGAUGUGUUAGAUGAAUAUACUAGUUAUCAAUAUUAAGGGUCGUUUCGUUAUAGGCAUGUGAACAGAGUUCUGAGCUACGGAUAUGGUGGUUUGGGGGUGGUUGCAAUGUCUUUGUGUGUGCCAUUUGUGCUAAAGGCUGUUCAUAUUUGCUUCAAAAUGAUAAGAAUUGGGAUCCAAAGUUAUCAAACAAAUUAUGUUUAUGGACAAAGAAGAAACCACACCCAAAAUCGCCUAAGAAUGAUAGGAAUUGACAAUCAAAGCU